AGAUUGAUUCAACCUCAAUAUUCUUUAUGGUAUCAGAGCUUUCUCUUAGCACCAAAUAAUUCCAAAACCCUAGGUUUCUUAUUCUGCUAUGCCUCUGCAUCAAUGGAUGAGUCUUCGUCUUCUUCUUUGUCUCCUUCCUCUACUUCUCCUAUUCCCUCCUUUACCCAUGCUCCUGUUCCUUCUCUUUCCACUGGUUCUUCGUUUCUUUCUACAAUUUUUGCCCCUUCCUCUCUUGUUGUGUUUGUCACGCCGUCAAUCCCUAUUCCUUCUUUUCCUCCUACUUCUUCCUCUUUACCCACAACCCUUGCUUCUUCUGUUUUCUCUCAUCCUGUUUUCUUCGUCACCAAUAUUCGGAAUUAUGUGGUAGAAACUCUUGAUCACACUAAUUUUUGUGUGUGGAAGGAAUUGAUGAUUCCUGUAUUGAAAAGCAAAGGCGUUUAUGGUCAUGUUGAUGGUUCCGAUUCGUGUCCCUCCCCUAACAGUCUAGAUUUUGAUUAUUGGAUGCAGGUUGAUUAUCAGGUUCUAUCUUGGAUUCAGGCCACUAUAUCAAAAGACAUUCUUCAAUUUAUUCUUCAACCUGGUAAGCAGCUCACGGCAAAAUUAGCUUGGGAAUCUAUUCAUCAGUUGUACCAAAGCCAACUUAGUGCUGCUGCACUUCAAUUAACUCAAGAAUUUAGUGGUAUUCAAAAGCAGUCUAGCCAGAGUGUUAUGGACUAUUUGCAGUAUGUCAAGGGGUUAUCUGAUUGGCUUUUCGGAAUUGGUCAUCCAGUAUCUGAUAAAGAUUUAGUGCUUCGAACUAUUGCUGGUCUUGAUCAUUCCUUUUUAGUGGCAAAGCGCACUAUUCCUCAACGUGUUCCCUUCCCUACUUUCUUGGAAUUGCGAUCGCUACUGUUGAUUGAGGAAGCUAAUAUUUUGCAGGAAUCCUCAAAUAGCUCAUUGAUGAAUGGCUCUUCUAGUUCCAGUCAAUUGUUGCAACUUACUCGCCUUUCUGAUCUCCAGAUUCAUUAUGCUGCUCAUUUGCAACGAGCUGUGAUGUAUUCUUGGCCUAUUCAUCAACUUGAUGUGAAGAAUGCCUUUCUUCAUGGGCGGCUUUUUGAGGUUGUAUAUAUGUCUCAGCCUCCUGGGUUUAUUGAUCCAAAAUAUCUUGAUUAUGUUUGUCGGUUGAAUCGUGCUCUUUAUGGCUUGAAGCAAGCGCCUCAUGCUUGGUUUCAAAGAUUUGCAUCUUUUUUGUUUACUCACGAUUUUUCUCAAGCUCGCUUAGACAGUUCUAUGUUUCUUUAUCAUUCUAAUGGUGCUAUGGCUAUUCUUUUACUAUAUGUGGAUGAUAUUGUGCUCACGGCUUCUACUAAAUUGCUGCUUCAUGCCAUUAUUUCUUUGCUGAAAAUGGUAACACCUAUGGCACCCAAGGCAAAAUUGUUUUCUACUGAUAGUCCAGCUUACUCUGAUCCGGCAUUCUAUCGUAGUAUUGUGGGUGCUCUACAGUAUCUAACCUUUACCCGCCCAGAUAUUGCUUUUGCUGUUGGCCAGAAGCAAAACACUGUCGCUCGGUUAAGUGCUGAAGCUGAAUAUCGUGCUAUAGCCAAUGUUGUUGCUGAGUAUGUUCCUUCUUUUGCCCAACCUGCUGAUGUCCUCACCAAGGCUCUAUCUUCUGCUCUUUUCCGAUCUCAAAGGUCAAAUUUGAGCGUUCUUUGCUCUCCCGCUCAAAUUGCGGGGGGAUGAUAAUGUAUAUCAUAAUACACGUGUACAUAGUAUAGGGUUAAAAGUGUAAAUAUACUUCUAUACAUCUUGUAUAUAUACCCUGAUUAUAACCUAAUAAAGAUUGAUUCAACCU